AACAUUUCAAAACAGUAACUCCAGCAUGUUGGAAGCAAUAUUGGUCAUGUUAAAAUUAGUGUAUGGCUUCCUGAGAAAAUAACUUGAAGUCACAUCUUUUAACAUAAAGCAAUUCAAUAACGUUUGAAAUACGGUAAAUACCAAUCCCGUUACCUCUGAUAAAAAUGACUUCAGGUGUUGGGAAACUUAAAAAAUAGUUUGUCUGAGAUUGUGCAGUAAACGGUUAGGCCUCUGAGCGUCGCUGUUGACCACUCAAGGACGAAAUCGCUGCUAGAGAGCUAGUCCACCAUUUCUUGUUCCUAAAAAGCAAAGCGCCAGCAAAUCAGACUCAGAAGAUCCGGAGCUGCUACGAAGCUCGAACGGUCAGUCAACCAGCUCUGUCACCUAUGAAUUAGGCCCAUGAAAGGCUCAGUUCGUUGAGAAAAUAAAAGAGGAGUCAGACAGGGGAAACUGGAACCGAAUUCAGAAAAAAAAAAUUCACCAAAAAGGAAAUGACCAAUUACCUGAGAUUCAGAAACGGAGGAGGACUGGCCAUGCUGUGCGCGCUCCUGGGGACGCUGUGCAAGACAGGAUCCGGGCAGAUCCGCUACUCGGUGCCUGAGGAGCUGGACGAAGGCUCCUUCGUGGGCAACAUCGCCAAGGACCUGGGGCUGGAGCCCCGAGAGCUGGCGGAGCGCGGAGUCCGCAUCGUCUCCAGAGGUAGGACUCAGCUUUUCGCUCUGAACCCGCGGAGUGGCAGCUUGGUCACCGUGGGCAGGAUAGACCGGGAGGAGCUGUGCGCUCAGAGCGCGCGGUGUUUGGUAAAAUUUAACAUCCUGGUUGAAGACAAAUUGAAAAUUUUUGAAAUAGAAAUAGAAAUUCAAGACAUUAAUGAUAAUGCUCCUGAUUUUCUAACGGAGGAAUUGGAAAUAAAAAUUGGUGAACUUACGGUACCAGGAACUCCAUUUCCACUUAAGACUGCAUUUGACCCAGAUGUGGGCAUGAACUCUCUGCAAAAUUACCAGCUCAGCCCUAAUGACUACUUCUCUCUGUCAACGAAGGAAAGUCCCGAUGGAAGUAAAUACCCAGAAUUACUGCUGGAAAAACCUCUGGAUAGAGAACAGCAGAGCUCCCACCGCUUAAUCCUGACUGCCAUGGAUGGCGGGGACCCUCCUCUAAGUGGCACCACCCAGAUCCGGAUCCAGGUCACCGAUGCCAACGAUAAUGCUCCGGUGUUCAGCCAGAACACAUACAGAGUUAGACUCCAAGAAAACGUGCCCCGGGGAACCUCCGUGCUACAGGUGAAGGCCACCGACCAGGAUGAGGGCAUUCAUGCAGAGAUCACCUAUGCCUUCCUCAAUGCCCCAGUAAGCACCAGCCUCCUCUUCAAUCUCAAUCCAAAUACUGGUGACAUCACAACCAAUGGUACAUUGGACUUUGAAGAGACAAAUAGAUAUAUGUUGGCUGUAGAAGCCAAGGAUGGAGGGGUACACACGGCUCACUGCAGUGUUCAGAUUGACAUUGUCGAUGAGAAUGACAAUGCCCCAGAGGUUACCUUCAUGUCUUUUUCUAACCAGAUUCCUGAGGACACAGACCUUGGAACUGUAAUAGCCCUCAUUAAAGUGCGAGACCAGGAUUCUGGGCAAAAUGGUCUGGUUACUUGCUAUAUUCAGGAAGAAGUCCCUUUCAAAUUAGAAUCUACCUCCAAGAAUUAUUACAAGCUAAUGGUUGACAGUGCU